UACCAUUUAGUUGCGGAAGAUCUUCCCGAACAAGCAGCAAUGAUUCUCCCCGCCGUUUGUAUAUUGUCCUCUUGAGUGAGUGUAGGUCGACGUGCCACGAUGGUCAGGGUUUCUUUCAUUCUUUUCACAAACUAUUGAUCGCCAAAAGCACGCUUGUGGAUUUUGGAGUACCGUGCCACCAUGUCGAGGACCAGUGGAAGGGUUCUUGUCUGCGGGUUGGGCUUACUUUGUUUGCUGGAAGCAACAGUUGUGGCGACGGGGCAAAAUACCACCACAGCUACCCCCACUACCUUCAACUACAGGGACAGCCAAAACCCGUGCAAGAAAAGAGCAAAAUGCGAACGUUUGGAGUACUCUUCUUGCCUGGGAACAAGUCUUUCGUAUCAUUUUACCUCAACAACUCUUGCCAACGAUUCUACGAACCAAGCUGAAGCCCACGGGAAGCUGGUGCUUUGGACAGGCCUGAGGAACGUCCCUCGCUGUUGGGAGGUUAUCCAGCCUCUCCUAUGCUCCGUCUACAUGCCUAAAUGUGAGAACGGCUACGUGGAGUUGCCCAGUUACGAGAUGUGUGCCAUCACACGAGGGCCGUGUAAGAUAGUGGAGGAAGAACAGGGCUGGCCAGCCUUCUUACAGUGUCAGGAUAGAAACCAGUUCAUCAGUGGAUGUGAGAAUGAAGUGAAGAAUAUGAAGUUCAACGGAACGGGAGGUUGUGAAAGACCCUUAGUGGAGACAGACAACGAGAAAAGCUUCUACAAAGGUGUGGACGGCUGUGGCAUCCAGUGUCAAAAUCCACUCUUCACAGACGCUGAACACGAGCGCAUACACAAGUUCAUCGCUGGGUUUGGAGCUGUGACUGUUGUCUUCACGUUUUUCACUUUGGCUACAUUCUUGGUGGACUGGAAGAAUUCUAGUCGGUACCCUGCCCUCAUCCUGUUCUACAUCAACGGCUGUUUCUUCGUGGGCAGUAUCGGUUGGCUAGCCCAGUUCAGCGAGGGAGCACGGGACGACAUCGUCUGUCGGUCAGACGGAACCAUGAGAAUUGCAGAACCUAGUGAUGGGCAGAACCUGUCGUGUGUGGUGGUGUUCUUCCUGGUGUAUUACUUCAUGAUGGCGGGAGUGACGUGGUUUGUGAUGCUGGCGUUUGCCUGGCACAAGUCUUUCCGAGCGCUGGGUUCGUGUAAGGAUGCCCUGAGCGGGAAGACGUCCUACUUCCACCUCAUCUCCUGGAGCGUACCACUGGUGCUGUCUGUCAUGAUCAUAGCCAUGAGACAGGUUGACGGUGACUCUCUGAGCGGUAUCUGUUUUGUGGGUUACCAGAACCAUGAGUACAGGGCAGGAUUCCUGCUGGCUCCAGUAGCCCUGGUGUUAGCCAGUGGGCUCUGGUUCCUCGGAAAUGGAAUGUUCACGCUGGUGAAGUUACAGAUUGACAACCCAGACAUCCUCAGUAGCAGGGCAUCCACCAAGAUCAAGGAGACCAUUGUCAGACUAGGUAUUUUUGCGUUUCUUGCCCUGGGGUUUGUGUUCAUCACCUUUGCCUGCCAUGUGUACGAGUUCUCCAACCAUGCAGAAUGGGAGCAGAGCUUCCGAGAUUUCAUCAGGUGUGAGGCUAACGUGACUGUGGCAGAACUGCUGUCCAAUCAGCCGGUCCCUGAGUGCUCCAUGAAGAGCCGCCCCAGCCUCAUCAUUAUGGAGAUUCACUUGUUUGCCUUCUUUGGUGCAGGUAUUACAAUGAGCACCUGGGUCUGGACCAAAUCCACCAUUGCAACUUGGAAGAGAUUCUGGAAGAGAAUCACAGGUAAAGCAGGAGACGAGCCCAGAAGGUUACAUAAGACCAGGAUGAUUGCCAAAGCCUUCGCGCGGCGCAGAGAGCUACAGGACGGGGACCAGGCAGAACGACUGUCCUACAGCUUCCAGACGGUCUCACACGACGACCCUGUUGGGAUCAAUCUGAACCUGGAUAAGGAAGAAGACCAGGAGGAGCCGAGUGACUCCAAUGAGAAGCCUCAGAACUUUGCCAAAGCCGUUCCCAAGCUGGUGGCUCGCCGAGGAGCCAUCGUACCCAGGAUGCCUCAGGCACUGGCAGACGGUGCCGGCGCCCAGACCACGGUAGUAGCAGACGUGGAGCCGGGCCAACAGAAACACCGGCUGGACCGCCUCAGCCGGCGCAAGCACCAGAAACGCCACCGCAAGUACCGACAGGAGGUCCAGGACGUCCGGGCGCGCCAGCCUUCACGGAUCUCCGAGGCCGAUCUGGAGGAAGUGGACGAGGACGGCAUGCAGCCUCCCAACGUGCCAAUCGACAACAGUGAAAAAUCCCUGUCCUGCGACGAAGUGUCGGAUUCCGGGCGCGCCACAGCCGUCACAAGAAGCAGGGAAGCUGCCAUCCCAGAGGAAGAAGAAGAGGAAGGGACAUCGUUUAACGAAACCUCAGAGGGAGCGUCCUACACCGAAGCCUCGGAAGAAACGUCCAAUCGUGGUGUUACGCCGCCAAACAACUCCCAGUGCACCGAGUCCUCACCUGAAGUGGACAGCGACGAAUUUGCCAGCGAGGAGUUAAACUUUACCGACCAGAGCGGCUCCACUAACAACGGAGAAGACGUGUUACCAGGCUGCAUGGGGCACGCAGUUCUAACACAGCAAGCUGCACAACCUAGUGUGGUCUACAGAAGGCAGCCGGUUAAUGCCUACUACAGCAACCCAGCAUUCGUGUACCCUAGUGACCCUAUUCCAAUGGCGUAUGGGUACGGCCACCCAGGGGUGGGAGCUUACCCGGGUAACCCUGUCCCAGACAUGGACACGUAUUCAGGUAGCACAGAUAUGGAGUACAUGGGGAACCAAGGAGUCCCUAUACCCCUCAACAACCUGACUGUUAGCAGCUUCUAUGGGAACCAAGCCAUGGAGAGCUACAACAACCAAGCCAUAGACUCCUAUCCCUCAGCAACUUCCCGGGAAGUUAACAUAUAUAAUGUGGAAAAUGAUACGUAUAUCACCUAUCAUAAAUGAUGCUGCACAGAACCAAAGUUUCGGAAAAUUCAGAGCAGUAUUAUAUCAGUAGUGGUUAUGUCUGAAUUCUGUGACCAUUGAUCGAGAUUUGAACCUGGUUGCUAGUGGAGUUUUCUUCUUACAAUCUGUAAGAACUCUCGCCUACUUACCUUUCAAUUUCUAUCAGAUAUCUUCCUCAGAGCUUCUGACUAGAGUACUGUUUCUUGCCGCAAUAUGUAGCCAUAGGUAGAAACGGUACUCCAGUCUGAAGCUCUGAGGAAGGUGUCUGAUAGACAUUGAAACGUAAGCAGGUGAGAGGUUGUAUAAAAAGAAAACUCCAAUAUCUUAAAUGUUUUACCAACCAGAUGAAAUUAUUUUCGUAACUUGGUUGCUGUUUUGACUGAAAUGCUUAUUACAAUAUGCCAUAAGAGUUUGUAGCCGUUGCUUACAUUCUUGCAGUGAAAGUUUAUGGAGUGACAGUGGAACAAAGUACAUUUACUGUGAAUACAUGUAAGUCUAUUAGUAUUACCUUUGAUGAAAAAAACUGUGAAAAUGCACUAUUCUCAGGAAGGUGAAGACAUAUUUAUUGUGGAUCUGUACAGAAGUUUAUUUAGUAUACUUUUAUGUAUUGUGUAACCUUAUACUUUUUUAGUAGAGCAAGAGGUUGUUGAUAGACAAUUUAAAUGAAUUUUAUCUGAGUGGUUAGAAACUUUUAACUUUGUCAUUUCCCCGUUAAUUGUACUAAUCUCGUAUGUUUGUUGCAUUAACAGGUUUUGCUGGUGAUUCUUGACCACAUUUCCAGUGUAUUAUGCUCCAUAGAAUUUUUUUUUCUAAACCGGUGGUAGAAAAUUGAAGGACAAUAUAGGCCUGAAGAAGACUUAGAUAUAGCCAGUAUUUGAGUUAGCCUGAUGCAGUGCUAUGCACAAUGUAGUUGGUAUGGUACUAAGUAUGGAAAUUGUAAAAUAUGGAGGAUGGUACAUUCCUAAACAAUUGUUUUUGCCCAUUUUUCAAAAGCACUCGGUAAAUCCUGACCUGCCAGAAUUUUCUUGUCUUUUUGCAUGCCUUUUUGUAUGCAGUGAAAAAUACUGCUGAAUUUCUGACUUGUCACCUUUUUCUGUGGAUAGUAAGGUAAAGGAACGUGAAUAUUUACAGUAAAAUGUUGGGUUCCCCUGCCUUUACAACUGUACAAGGAAUGCCAUGUACAUGUACAUUAUAUAUAUUUUGAUGUAUUCUGUAUUUUAUAGGUAAGCUUGCUCUAGGAGUGCGUACACAUGCAGUUUAGUUUUAGCAAUUUUAUUCUUCAGGACUUUAUUUUUUUCUACAGAUCCAUUUUUAUUUUUACUCAUUACAAUGUCAGCUGUAUUAAUUAAUACAAACACUGUUGCAGCAAAAUUCAUACUUAGAAAGUACCAGCCAUUUUUGUACAGUAUGUGUAAAUACAAGCCUGGAAAACUGGA